AGCCAGCCAGCCAGACUCCAUCGUCACCCUCCCACACUUUUUCUCUCUCUAAAUCCCCAUUUUUUUCUUUCUCUCUCUAAAAAAUACUACCCUCCUCCUCCUCCGCCUACAUAUACCUGAGACAAACCUUCACAUAUCAUUCUUCUCACACAAGUUUCCAUUUUACCCUUUACUUUCAAAUAAAGAUAUUCAAUUUUUGAUUCUUCUCUCCCUAUAAAUACCGAUCACCGCCUCAAAUCUUUCUCACAAACCAAUUCCUCGUUAAUUUUCUGCCUCUUCACACAGGCUUGACUCUUGUAUUGGAGGCAUAGUUUCUCCAUGGGAGAGGCUCCAGCUUUUGUGGUUGAUGAGUUGCAGAAUGGAAAUGAGAAUGGAUUUAGUUUAAAGGUUAAAGAUUGCGAAACUGCUAUCACUGUUCGAGAUAAAACCUAUGUGAUUGGUGGUAGUGAUGAAGAAUCCACAUUAUCUAUCCGAGUUCGCAUAUUUGAUGAAGCUACUGAGCAUUGGGUAAUUCCAACUGUGCUGGGAACAAAGCCCAAGGUAUGUAAAGGUUACUCAGCUGUAUUAUUGGACGAUGAUCGGAUUUUGAUAAUUAAUAAGGGAUCUGCACCUGACGACUGCAUCUGGUUUCUCGAGGUGGACACUAAUUUUGUUAGGGAGAACAGAAAAAAAUUGGGUACGGAGGUUGUUGCCUGGAGUAAGGGUGUGACAGGAAAUGCUGAGAAGCCAAUUGUGAUUAGUGGUCCUUCUGGAGUAGGAAAGGGGACAUUAAUUGCAAUGCUCAUGAAGGAGUUCCCAUCCAUGUUUGGGUUCUCAGUAAGCCACACAACCCGUGCUCCAAGGGCCAUGGAGAAAGAUGGGGUGCACUACCAUUUUACUGAGAGAAGUGUUAUGGAGGAAGAGAUAAAAGACGUGAAGUUCCUCGAGUUUGCUUCUGUUCAUGGAAACCUUUAUGGGACCAGCAUUGAAGCUGUUGAGGUGGUGGCAGAUGCAGGGAAGAGAUGUAUUCUUGACAUUGAUGUUCAGGGAGCUAGAUCUGUGAAGGCUAGCUCUCUGGAAGCAAUUUUCAUCUUUAUUUGUCCACCCUCAAUGGACGAGCUUGAGAAGCGACUUCGUGCAAGGGGAACUGAAGUGGAAGAGCAGAUUCUAAAGCGACUUCGAAAUGCAAAGGCAGAAAUUGAACAAGGACAAUCAUCGGGCAUCUUUGAGCACAUUUUGUAUAAUGAUAACCUUGACAAGUGUUACGAGAACCUCAAGAAACUCCUGGGAUUAGAUGGAACAACUGUUGCCUCCCAGAAAUCAAUCCAAGAGAUUAAUCUGCCUGAAGACCAUUCAAUAUCGAAAGCGGACAAUAAAAUCAUUAUAAAAUGCGGAACACCAGAGCCACAGCAAGCAGCAAAGAGCUUGAUUGUAUUGGAUGUAUCUGCACUCAAAGGAGGGGCACCGGCACGGACAAGGGGACUCAAUGUGUAUGCGAUCGACUCAUUCUCUGAUAGUUUGAAUGGGAUCAACGAGCUGAGCUAACGAUUGGAGCACCCGUCGUGACUAACUUGAUUUCUCAAGUUCAUAAUUUCUUCAAUCUUUGCUAUAUUAACUAAAGAAAGGAAACGGCGACGAAGCUCGAUAUUUGAAUGAAUGUGCUAGUAAUUGCAUAAUUCUCCAUUUAUUUUCCAAUCAUUCUUUGUUUGUUUUAGAUAAAGAGUUGGUUUGGAUUAGCGUUUGAACAUUUGCUAUUUCUCUUGAUGGGCAGUGAGGGAUGAUUUAUGAUUCAUGCGGGAAAUCUAUUGUCAACUUCUUCAAUGCAUGCAGUUAUCUUA